CAAAACCGGUAGCGGUUUUAGGCUGCGCCGCUGCUUGCCCUCUGCGUGCAGUGUGUGUGUGAGAGACAGGAGACAUGGCAGCGAGCGGACUAAGGUUCUUCAGGCAGAGCUUUGGCGCAGUACUGCGGUCGGCACAGACACCGGUCCGAACAUGUCCGCGACUCAUGUGCACAGCAACAAAAGAGCAAAACCAUCCUGGAGAGAAUGAGGAUAAGAGUAAGAAUCAGGCAGAAGAAAGUCCUGAUCAGGCUGCAGCAGAAAAGGCCAAACUAGAAGAGCAGAUCAAAGACCUCACAGACAAAUAUAAGCGGGCUCUAGCAGACACAGAAAACUUGAGGCAAAGGAGUAAGAAACUAGUAGACGAAGCUAAAUUAUAUGGAAUCCAGGGCUUCUGCAAAGACCUGCUGGAGGUUGCUGAUAUUUUGGAGAAAGCAACAGAAAGUGUUCCAAAAGAGGAGAUCAAGGCUGAAAAUCCUCACCUAAAGAGCCUGUACGAAGGGCUAAUCAUGACUGAAGUCCAGAUGCAGAAAGUGUUUGAGAAGCACGGGGUGCUCAAGCUAAAUCCAGUCGGGGCCAAGUUUAACCCUUAUGAACAUGAAGCCUUGUUUCAUAGUCCCGUUGCAGGAAAGGAGCCAGGCACCGUUGCCUUGGUAACCAAAGUGGGAUACAAGCUUCAUGAGCGUACCUUGAGGCCUGCCUUAGUCGGGGUCGUGAAAGGAACUUAACUGGUUUUCUUUUUUUUUUAAAUAAACAAUGUUUAGAUAUUAAAUGGCUGGGAUUUCUUUUAAAGAUGAAAAAACCCUCCCCAAACCUUCAUUCCGGUAAUCUCAAGUAUAUAUAGUAAAGGUUACAAUGACAUACCUGUGAGUUUAUCAAAUGUUUUGUACCUUGUUCAUUCCAGUUGUUGUGUCUCACUCGUUGGCUAAAUAAAGGAUAUAACCAAG